CAUUAUCGAAAAACGUUUCGCGAUACCGCACUUAAGAUAACCGUUGAUUUUGGUAUAAAAUGCAGCAGCAAGUUAACAUCAACAACAGUUAACAAUGAAGUUAAUUGCUGUGAUUCUGUUUGUAGCUGCGGCUACUGCCAAUCCCAUUUAUGAGACUGAAGUGGCAGAAAAUGUCAUCGUAUCCAACAACGAAGACUGGCAAUUGGUGCCAGACACUAACGGUCAUUUGCAUUUGGUUGAUAUAAAUGCGGUCGAUAGUGAUAUGGAACCACAAUUCAACGCUAGAAACGACAUGACUUUCCGUUUAUUUACGCGUUUGAACCCAACCAUUAGUCGUACCGUUAGAAUCGCCAACAACGCUGAUUUAUCCGGAAGCAACUUUAAUGGAGCUAAUCCAAGUAGAUACCACAUUCACGGAUGGCAAGGCGGUGGCGUCUUCACAGGAUCUGGAAUCCGUAGAGCUUGGCUCGAUCGCAUCAGUUGCAAUGUAUUUACAGUCGAUUGGGGAGCGGGUGCUAGUACUAUCAACUAUCUUACAGCUCGUAAUCGUGUUCCGGCAGUUGCCACAGUAGUCGCUGAAUUUAUUGACUGGGUAAACGCACAGACAAACACCCCUUUCUCUGCUGUUUCAGUUAUUGGACACAGUCUUGGAGGACAUAUCGCUGGACUCACCGGAAAGAGAGUACGACGAGGCCGACUUCAAUCAGUCGUUGCAAUGGACCCAGCUGGACCACUAUUUUCAAUCAGAAAUCCAACUGAGCGCGUUCACCACACAGACGCUAACUAUGUUGAAGUAAUUUACACCGAUCAGGGCAAUUUAGGAUUCGAUGAACCUCUUGGACAUGCUAACUUCUAUCCCAAUUGGGGCUCAAGACAACCCGGUUGCGGCUUGGACAUUGGCGGACUUUGCAGUCAUAACAUUGUUGAAGAUUUCUUCGAAGCUUCGAUCAAUCCAUCAAACGUCUUUGGAGCAAGACAAUGCCGUAGUUUCUCUGGUAUCAGACUUAGAACUUGCAUCACCAGUGGACCAUCAAGACGGAUGGGUGGUGAGCCCGUCAUGGACGGAACAUCUGCUCCGGACACCGUAUUUUUCUUGGAAACAAAUGCACGCAGUCCAUUCGCCCAAGGACCCAUCUAAACUAACAAGCAAUGCUUCUGCUUACUAUGACUGGAAUAAAUUUAUUUUCUGCAUAA